GUAAAUAAAUACAUAAUUUAUAAAAUUAAAAAAUAUAUUAAAAAUGAGCAAUACCAACGGAAAUCCUCCACGCAAAAAUUAUACCGAGAGAGAGAAAUGUUUGCUGUUGGAAAUAAUUGGAAAAUACAAGCAUAUUAUAAUUGAAAACAAAUAAUGUACCAAUGCUAUGUCCACCAACCAAAACAAUGAAACCUGGGAAAAAUAGCGCUGAAUUUCCCAGAACUCCCAAGCAGCUGAACACUGCAUAUAUAAACUUAAAAAGGGUCACUCGCCAAAAAAUAACAGAGGAAAAUAUUCAAAAAUAUAAUGAGCAGAAGGUUUUGGACCAGUUGAAGAGAGACCAAACUGCGGACAAAAAAGACAUACUUGCAACAGGUGGUGGCACAUUUAGGCCUCGUCUCACAGAUGUAGGGGCACAAAUGUUGAGUUUGAUUGGCAAUCAAAUCCAACCUUUACCCAACAGUUGUGACAGUGCAUCUGGUUUCUUCACAUCUGUUGCACAAGAUAGUCAAGUGGAAGUAGAUUACCUACAAUUGGAAGACACAUAGCAGACGUCCAAUGUAUUCUCUACUUCCACUGUGCUGCUCAGUACACCCACGACAACUGCUGUCCUGCCCAAGAAGACAGCCAAGAUGUCUCAGGCUCGUUCAAAAAAUAAAAAAGUAAAAGAUGUAGGGAGCGAAACCCUUAAUGUAUUUUUACAAAAAAAAAUUGA